AUGGCGUUAUGUUCAUUGAAAUGGAUUUGCUCUCGGCUGCUCAUAUCUCCAAUGUUUGGAAAAAGUACGCAAAUGAUUUGUCCGCGACGAACAAUUGUCAGAAAGAAUAGGCUAGAACUUCCAGAGAAUUAUCCAGAACCAUGGCCAUACAAGGAGAAAGGGUAUCGAUGGCAAACAGCUUUAUUUGAUCGAACUUUGAAAAGAUUUCAUGAAAAUUCAAAAUUAAUUGUUGUUGAAGGAAAUAUUGGAUCAAAAAAGUCAAAGGCGGCUCAACAGUUAGCAGAUCAAUUGGGUUUUUAUUUUAUCCCUGAAUUUCAAAUAGAUGAAGUAUUGAUAGAUCGAUUCGGAAAUGAUUAUCGAAAUUAUUAUCAUUUGUUUCCAAAAUCAUUUCGUCUGUUUGAUACUGAGAUGUUCUUCAAGGAUCCAUAUAAUGAUCAAACAGCAUUAAUGCGUGAUCGCAUUAUUCGUUGCAAAUUUGACCAAUAUUUAAAUGCUGUAGCGCAUAUUAUGAAUACUGGUCAAGGUGUUGUGUUAGAACGUUCACCUCAUACCGAUUUUAUCUUCGCUAAUGCUUGUCGUGCUAAAAAUUAUAUUGGACCAGAAUAUUUUACCUAUUACUUCAUUGAACGCAGAAACAUGUUGCCGCAUUGCAGUGUUUGGCCACAUCUGGUUAUUUAUUUAGAUGUGCCAGUCGACAAAUGCUUACAGAAUAUUUGCGAAGAAGGCAAUGCUAACAAGAUAGCAGUUAUCGAUCGCACUUAUUUGCAAACGAUAGAAAAUUCAUACAAAGAUGCAUUGAAAGAAUUCAAAAAGCACUCAGAAAUUUUGGUUUAUGACUGGGAAACACCUGGAAACGUGGAAAACAUUGUAGAAGAUAUCGAGGAAAUCGAUUUCGAUUACUUUAAUUUGCACAAUAGUGAUGUUUUUGGAUCUUGGUUGAAAGUUAGGAAUGAAAUGGACUACACUAUCAUUCGAAAUUUUGUUACCGAUAAAAGAGAAGCGCAUGCAUUAUCAUUUUUGGGUCUUCCUUCUCACGAAUGUGGUGAAAUUUAUCAAAGUCCUCGGGAACUUGCUAGAUUUGUUCAAUGCAUUCAUAAUGAGAUUUUGAAAACACCCUAUGUUUAUUCAGCAGUUAGAAAUACAGGAGAUAAUUUUGGAUGGUUUAGUAAAGUAAUAUCGUACACGAAAGGAGAACCAUGGUUCCAGUAUUACUAUAAAGACGCAUUUCUGGAAGAUCUUACUUGUAUCAGUGAAGUCAUCGCUGAUCCUACACAUAAGUCUUUCUACAAUUCCAUUCAAACUGAGCAUUAG